AUGGACGCCGCCAAUGAAAGCGGAGGAGCUCUGAGCAAGCUGUUGCCAAAGUCAAUCGCCGCCAAGCGCCGCCGCAGAAAACAAGAAGCCCAGGAAGAUGAAGCCGCUGCCGCCACGGCCGCUUUGCUGAUAGGGGUCAAGGGGGAAGAUGUUACCGCCCCAGCUGUUACGCCUGCACCACUUAGAGACGACGAUGCCAGCCAUCUGUCCAACAGACGCGACAGCGGCUCUUACGUUCAUGACACGGACAGCUUUGGGUUGGGAAAAGACGGCUCGACAGGGUUUCCCGACUACGACUACGACCACUACCCCGAGCACGGCCACGCCGUCCACGACACCCGCGACGCGGACGAAGCCAGCACCGAAGCCACAAGCGUGCUUGAGUAG